AUGUCGGGUCUUGAUUCUUUACUGGAGUACAAUGAAAUUGUUAGGCAUAUGUUUGGUAAUGAAGAAGAAGCAUUUCAGUUUUAUAACAAAUAUGGUAAGGAGAAAGGAUUUAGUGUUAGGAGAAGCUACUGUGAGUGGGAUAGUGGCCAUAAUGAGAUUACCCUUCGGAAGUUUGUCUGCAGUCGUGAAGGUUUCCGAGAAGAGAAGGAGCUGAAGAGGGAGAGUAAGAAGCGGAAACCACAGAAUAUUACUCGUGUUGGAUGUCGUGCUAAACUUGUGAUUGCACGGGAUCAGAGCACAGGGCAGUGGUAUGUGAAGGAUUUCAUCGGUGAACACAACCAUCCGAUGGCGGAACCAGACGUUGCUUGUCUGCUGCGUUCACAUAGAAGAAUCAGCGAUGAUCAAAAAGCUGAGAUUUUGGAGAUGCAGAUUUCUGGGAUCCGUAAAUACCAGAUAAUGGAUAUUAUGCAAAAGCAGUAUGGUGGGUACGAUAAGGUUGGAUAUACAAUGAGGGACCUGUACAAUUUCUGCCAUCGCAAUAAGGUGGAGACAGUUGCCGCUGGUGAUGCUCAAACAGUCAUCAGUUACCUCACGGAAUGCAAAUGUAGGGAUCCUGAUUUCUUUUUCCAAUACAAGACUGAUGGGGAAGGGCACCUGAAGGGACUACUCUGGUGUGACUGUCAAUGUCGGUUUGAUUAUGCAGCAUUUGGUGAUGUCGUCGUAUUUGAUAGCACGUACAAAACUAAUCGAUACAACCUGCCCCUUGUUCCUUUUGUUGGGGUGAAUCACCAUGGCAGCACCGUUCUCUUUGCAUGUGGAAUUAUUGCACAGGAGACAAUUGAGUCCUAUGUGUGGAUGCUAAGGACAUUCUCUGAUGCCAUGGCUCAGAAGCAUCCGGUUUCUGUGAUCACUGAUGGAGAUCUUGCUAUGCAGAGAGCAAUCAGGCUGGUGUGGCCGAAUUCAUCGCACAGGCUAUGCAUAUGGCAUAUUGAGCAGAACAUUGUGCGUAAUCUGCACGAAGAUGGUGUCAAGGAUGAUUUCAGACAUUUUCUUUAUGACUGUUGGUCCAUAGAAGAGGUUGAGAGGAAAUGGCUAGAAUUCUUGGAUAAACAUAAUGUUACAGAUAAGGAGUCAUGGCUGUAUCAGAUGUAUGAGAGGAGGGAAAUCUGGUGUGCUGCGUAUCAUGCUGGUAACUGCUAUUUAGGACUGAGGAGCAACCAACGGAGUGAGAGCCUAAACUCUAGGCUUCAGGUACAUCUAGAUCGUAAAAUGACACUGUUUGAGCUGGUACAACACUUUGACCACUGCCUUUCACGGCUGCGUAGUAAUGAAGCGCAUCUGGAUUUUGAAGCAGAGAAUUCUGAGCCAUGCUUACAACCAGAUGCUUCAAUUAUUGAGAAAGAGGCUGCGAAAUCGUUCACACCAGGAGUUUUUUCCAAGGUGCAGUUCAGCAUAAGAGCAGCCAGCAAGUGUUUUAUGAUUGAGCACCUAGAUGGCUAA